UUUAAAAGAACCGUAAGAUAAAACGUUUAAAUAAAUAUUAGAUUCAAAAAAAGUUAUAAUAAAAAAAAAAAAAAAAAAAAGAUGAGGAGACAUGAAAUUUUUUUGUUUUAUUUAUGGGUUUCUCAAUAUUUUGUUAAAGCUGUAACUAAUGGGGCCGAGUCAUACUCAACUCAAAGUUUUGAACUUGUUCACCAUAGUUCUUACCCACAUUUUGUUAUGUUUUACGCACCUUGGUGUGGUCAUUGCAAACGUAUGCAGCCACUAUGGGAUAAAUAUGCUGAUGACAAAGUCUAUUCAAAAGGCAUAAAAGUUGCUAAGGUUGAUUGCACACUUAACACACCUCUUUGUGCAUCAGAAGGUAUAAAAGCGUAUCCAACGUUACUUUUGUUUGUCAAUCAAGAGCGAUAUACAUUUAGAGGGAAUCGCAAUAUUGGUGAAUUUAAACAGUUUGUUGAAAAAAAUGUAAAAACAACAGUCGAAGCGCCAAGUGAAACUUUUGAAAAUCAGCUAGAAGAAGAUAACAGUGAUGUGGAAGCUGAGCAACUUUUUUUUAGAAACUUUAAAACUAAAAUUAAUGAACAUUACACAUUUGUUGAUUUUUAUGCUCCAUGGUGUUCACAUUGUAUAGCCUUGCAGCCUGUAUGGAAUCAAUUAGCUACCAGAUUCAAACAUAAUAAAAUAGUCAAAAUAGCAAAGGUUGAUUGUACAACAGAAAAAGUAAUUUGUAAAGAACAAAAUAUACAAGCAUAUCCAUCAUUGCAUUUGUACAAAGAUGGAGUAUUGAUUAAACAAUACAAUAAAGAGAGAACUUUAAAAAGCUUAGUUUCAUUCAUUGAAGAAACAAUCAAGUUUGAUGCUGAAGUUGAUGAAAAAACUCCACACCUACUAAAAAAAAGUGUUUCUGAAUUAAGUCUCCAUGAAAAAUAUAAGGAAUUGGUUAUGAAUGAGUAUACCUUAGUUUUUCAUAUGAAAAGUGGGUUUGUUAUAGUAUUCUUUUAUAUUCCAAGCUUAAUUGAUGGUCUUGAAAUAUUUGUUGAGUUUUCAAAAGAAUUAUCUGGCGUUGUACCUGGAAUUGUAAACUGUGAAGAAAACAAAGAGUUGUGUACCAAAUUAUCUGUGCGAACAUAUCCAAAGAUCAUAUUUUUUGAAAAUUUGAACGAUUACUUUCCAUAUUUUGGUGAUAGAACUAAAGUUGGCUUACAUGCAUUUGUAAAAUCCUUUAAAAACAAAAAUUCUAAAGACUCUAAAGAAGAACUUUAAAUAAUUUUGAAGAAGAAUAAAUAUGUUUAUAUAAUUAUCGCAUUUUUCUAAUGGACAAAUAAAUUUUAUAAAAUCACUAUAAG